AUGUUUCACAGGUUACUCCCGAUUGUGACUCUGCUGCUGUGCGCAGGGAGCGCAUGGUCUGCCACCAACCAAUGUCCUGACUGCGGAACCACCCCGGUACCCUACCCGCUAAGCACCGAUCCCGCGUGCGGUCACCAGUCCUAUAAGAUCCGCUGCGAUGCGGGCGCACCCAUCUUCGAUACGGUCAACAAUUCCUACCCAAUCAUCUCCAUCGACCCUUCGAUCCAACGGCUAGUGAUCAAGCCCGCAGGGCUAUUAUCCAACACCUGCGUCACGUCCGAUAUGGUCCACCAAGGCAUCCAGCUCAACAGCAGUCUCCCUUUCAACGUCACCAGCAGUAACACUAUCAUGUACCUCAACUGUACAGACGCGUUGCUUCGGUCACCGUUGGAUUGCUCGUCGACAAGCUUGUGUCACGCAUUCAUCAACGGUACCCAAAAUGCGGCUCCGUGUGGGAAGGCGCCGAUAUGUUGUAGUUUUAGGACGGGGGGUUCAACGACGUCGCAUAUGAUUCGGGUUCGUGAAUCGGGUUGUAGUGCUUACUCUAGCUUUGUGAAUUUGGAUCCGAGUUUGCCAGUGAGCCGAUGGCCCGAACCGGGAUUAGAGUUGCAGUGGGCCGUACCCACAUGA